UUGGCCGCGGCCGCUAUAGGGGCGGCGGAGCGGGCGGCGCGGCGCGGCGCAGCAGGGCGGACGGCGCAGCGGGCGCGCUCCCGGCCGGGUCGCCGUCGCUGCGGUCUGUGCUGUCCCGCGGGAGGAUGCGCCGCACCGGGGAGAAGAGCCGUGCGGGGCGGCCGGAGCCCCGCGCCGCCGGCGGGCGGGCCGUGCUGGGGGAGCUGGCGGAGAACGGGCAGCGGCGGCGGCCCGGCGGCCAGGGUACUACAGUUAUCAGGCACUUCUCUGGCUCUGAAAACUCCUUCCCUGCAGCUGGAAAAGAUGAAUUGCCUAGCUGCGUGGUCAGUGCCACAUCAAAGCAAGGGUUUGCUAUAUAUAUAGAUGAACCAGAACAGAAAGAAAACUACAACUGCCCAGUGGUUGAAGAGCUGGAAUCUAGCCUGUGUGAACUGGAUACUAGUGCAAUGACAUCCAAUAUUCACCUACUGCUGGAUCUGAGUACAGGGUCUCCUAUGCUAGUGGACACAUCCUUCCAGUCCCAACCUGAGGAUCAGAUGGGAGAUACAAUAACUGUAAUGACUGUGGGAGAAUAUGCAGAAGACAUUCAUCAGUACCUCCGAGAAGCUGAAAUAAGAUACAGGCCCAAGCCCUACUAUAUGAGGAAACAACCAGAUAUCACAACAGGAAUGCGUGCCAUCUUGGUAGAUUGGCUUGUGGAAGUAGGGGAAGAAUACAAACUUCGGACAGAGACAUUGUACUUGGCAGUGAACUUCCUGGACAGGUUUCUUUCCUGCAUGUCUGUCCUCAGAGGGAAGCUGCAGCUUGUAGGAACAGCAGCAAUUCUUCUGGCUGCGAAAUACGAGGAGAUUUACCCACCAGAAGUGGAUGAAUUUGUGUAUAUAACAGAUGAUACAUACACCAAGAGGCAGCUGCUGAGAAUGGAACACCUGCUUCUCAAAGUGCUGGCUUUUGACUUAACAGUGCCAACCAUCAAUCAGUUCCUCCUCCAGUACAUUCAGAGGCAUGGAGUCUGCAUCAGGACAGAGAACUUUGCAAGGUAUCUUGCAGAGCUGAGUCUCCUUGAAGCUGAUCCAUUUCUGAAGUACCUUCCUUCACAAACUGCUGCAGCAGCCUACUGUCUAGCAAACUAUACGGUGAACAGGCGUUUCUGGCCAGAAACACUUGCUGCAUUCACUGGGUAUUCGCUAAGUGAGAUAGUGCCUUGCCUGACUGACCUACAUAAAGCAUGCCUUGAUGCUCCCCGUUGCCAACUGCAAGCAAUUAAGGAGAAGUACAAACUCUCAAAGUACCUGCAGGUGUCUCUUUUGGAGCCCCCAGCAGUUCUUCCUCUACAAUAAAGAUGGUGGAUCCUGGACUUGGACUAUUCCCCUCCCAAUCAAUACAGCUGGUCUAACAUUUCAUAGAGCACUGCAGGUCAUGUGUCUGUAACCAUGGUGAUAAGAAUAGUUUUUAGCUAGCAUUUUUUUAAUUAGAUUCCUUUUUAAAAGUAUAUUAGACUAUAGUUCUUAAUAGUAACUGACAGCACUUUUAAUAAAUGUCUUAUUACACUGUU